AUGCAAGUUUCUGACAAUUUCUUGUUAGCCUUUUUAAAUAUUUGUUGGGGAAUCAUAGAAUUUAUGAAGAGCUAUCAGACUACCCAAAUCAAUAUGAAUGAAUGCGAAUAUGUCAUUAGUGUUUAGCAAUUAACCUUUUACUUCUAGGCAACAACUGCGUUAUGGGUUGUAUUAGCAUUGUUUUUCAGUUAAAUUGUUAUAAGAAUAACCAGUCUACCAAUAAAUUGCAUUUCUCUAUAUCUAAUAUUAGUGAAUCAGAAACAAAGCUGUUUGGAAGACAAUAUUUAUUAUUUGAUGAUAUUUUCAACAGUUUGGCUAAUUGUAUUAGGAAUUCCAUAUAAUUUCUUUAUGAGUGCAAACAAAAGAGUAGCAGGCCCUUACUAAUUUCUGGCAACAAUCGGAAUUCUAGCCCAGAUACCAGUAUGUGGUAAGCUAUGCAUAUUUAAUAUAGUUUUGAUUUAUAUGUAAGGAAUGAACUAUAAAGAUGAUGCAUGUCAAAUAGCAUAUAGUGCCUAAGAAAUGUUUAUGGUUAUCUCAGUAUUACAAUUAGUGCUAUUGCUUAUAUAUUUUAUCUAUUACAAAAAAUUCGAAAAAGAAAGAAAAAAUUAAGAAAUAUCAAAAGAGUUAGUAAAUUUAUCAACAACAACUACAACUACUAAAUUAACAAGUACUAAGUAUACAAUAAAAAAAUGA